AUGCCCAAUAUGCUGAUUUCGCUUGCGCAUUUUUGCGACAAGCAUGGUCCUAGAGUUCUUUUGGGCACUCAAUUCGCGCAAGAUGGUGACGCCUUGCUUCUGCCAGACUACCCAACCGAAACAUUCUGUGAUUCAUGUUCAAUGCAUUUUCCAAGCGAAGAUACGAGCUCUCGGUCGAUGCGAACUCACUUAAAUUCCAUGUACUACGUUUCCACGAACUACCCAUCAGUACGGUACCAGUUGACCUCAUCUGUGAUACGACACAUGUUUUCAGAAGAGACUAUGAGCUAUGAUAGUACUCCUUUUACAUUUUUCGAUCAAGCCAAAGGCUUAAAUUUAGUAAUGGGAUUCAAGCUUCCGGAUACUGAUGCCCGCGGGGACGAAAGACGAUAUGCGCUUCUACUUACUAUAGACAGCUCGGACCAUGCUUCUAGUAUGAAGAUUUUGGCCAAGCACUGGGAGUUCAUAACUUCCGGUUUCAAAAAGAUCAUUGACUAUAUCAAGCAAAGACGUGAAACUGAAGUACGACGCAAUUUCGCCAAGAAUUCGUCGGGGGACUUUACUCCGAUGGGUGGAGGUUACUUGAAAGGCAAUAAAUACAAAGUCCCGAGGAACUUAUCAUACCUCACUAAUGAUGACUUACUAUUUGUGCGGCUUCACAAGUGGAAUACGUUCAUGUUAGACGUGUUAAAUACGAAUGAAUAA